AUGAGCCAAUCUGAUCGCCUUGAAUCCACGCAGGAACAUCCAAUAACAACCACCGCUCAUCCUCAUCUCCAAAAACAGUCUCUUCUUCAAUCAUCACGAUCAUCAUCAUCACUGUACACAACAAAUUUUGUAACGGCUAUGGAGAUUUCAUCACCCGAUAUGCCAUCACCGUUUUUAGGGCGGUGUAGUGCCGCAAUGAUGAAAGAUACGAAUAAUCAGAGCGAGGAAAAAGUUUUCAAGGAAUCUUCUUCUUUAAAUCAUCGCGAUAGUAAUUACCAUAGUAAUUGUCAAGAACCCUUGAGGAUUAGAAGAAGAGUUGUAUUACCAAAACUUAUUGUCCCAAACUUGGAAAGUGUACAUGAAUGCGUGCUAUUAGAGUGUAAAGAAAAAGAAUUAUAUAUGAAAUUAGGAAAGUUUAGAGAAAAUAGAGUAGAGGAAAUUUUGGACAUGUUUGAACGAAACACCUUCUAUACUAACAGUAUUUCUAAUCAACCUACCGAAACCAAAGAUUUGAGCAAUCAAUACGCGUGUAAAUAUUUUCCAACCUCGCACAGAAACGUGAAUCAAAUUGUACUCUUUAAAAAGGAUGAUGAACAACAUGAUCAGUCAUUAUCACAACAUCAAAUUUUGGAAAACAAUUUAAUAUCAAAUGCCCCAUGUACCAUGAUGGUCUCGCCAGCUACAAAUAAGAACGAGGCUACUUUAUCACAACAACCAAAAUACUUUCAAAAAUACCAAUCAUCCCCAAAGCAAAGAUCCAAGAUGGAUUUUGUACCAACAACAGUUACUUUUAGCUGCAAUCAUCAUGAUGGUGAAAUUUAUUCCCAUCAAUAUCAAAAAUUGAACAAAGCACCCAAGCGAAAGUAUAUGGACGUAGAGGACUGCUGGUUGUCUGAUGGUACUACUAGCACCAGCAGCAACUCCCAAGGCUGUUCAACACUAACAAACUCUUAUAACUACAACAACAAGAGAUUGACGUUAACUAAUCCAACUAACGACCUUAUUUCUCUAGACCUGAAAGUUAAAAAGACAUCAUCCGUAUUUGCGCAUGCCAAACUACGCAAACAAAAAGCCCAAUCCAAACAAGUGUACAACCCUUCCUUCCACGAUAGAAUAGCGUAA